UCCUUUCAGCAGCAGGGGUUCGAGUACGCUGGUUUUCAGGACACGUACUCUUCCGGGUAUGUAGGGGAGGUACCUCCUUUACCACAGGAUGUUCCUAAUGGAUUUGGGGACCAGAGUGCAGGUGAGUCGGUGAGACAUUUCGAGUGUUAGCGGUUAUGGAUGUGUGCUCCAAAUUUUAGGCUUCCUGGAUAAGGAGGUGUCGGGUAAUAUCAAUGGAAAUGGGUGGCAGGAUGCGGUUUCGGGAGAGCCGGGAAGGGAUUACCCGAAUCUGGACAGGAUCCCGGAAACCUCCUUCACCUGUGCUGAUAAGAUACCUGGAGGAUACUACGCCGAUGUCGAAACGGGAUGUCAGGUUAGUCCCUGAAUUUUCGACUUCUCAUGGUCCACUUUCCUAAAAAAAAAAAAAAAAAAAAAAGAGAGCAAAACAUUAUACCAAUCCCAAUGAGUUUAAUAAAAUCCACACCUUCCGCAAGUGCAAUCUCACGAAGUAAAAAAUUCCUUCGCGUAUCCACGUACCGAAUCUCCAAUUUUUGUGGAGAACGCACGAUUCAUUUCCCUCUCUAAAAAAAAAAAGAAAGAAAAUUUGAUAUCAAUUUUAAUUGUUUAAAAAAAAAAAUUAGGUCUUCCACGUGUGCAACACCGGAGGUGUGAAGAGCUCGUUCAUGUGCCCAGGGGGCAGCAUUUUCAACCAGAAGCACUUCGUCUGCGACUGGUGGUACGAAUUCAUCUGCGACGAGGCACCAUCCCUAUAUUCCCUGAUCAAGUCGAAAAAGGAAGUUGAACAACCCAGUGAAAACGAGGAAGGGUACCAUUUCCCAGGGAACAAGGACGAAAUCCCCAGGACGAGGUACCAAGGCAAUUCCGCGCACGAAGGGAACGACUUGUCCCUAGCAGGCACAGGAGAAGGCAGUGCAGAUUUCUCAGACUCCGAGAAAAUUAUAAACCAUCCCCAAACGAUUGCAAAAAGACCUCAGGUCGAAAAUCAGGUGUCCGAAAACGGCCUACAAUUAUUUAAGCGGAACGAUCGAUCCGAGGAUCGCCGAUCAUCGAGCAAUGAUCAUCGGGGGCCUCGAAGAGGUCCUCAAAACGGGAUCAAGGACCGCCCUAAUCCCAACUAUCUUCCCCCUCAAUUAAACGGUGAUAAUCCAGCCGUUAAAUCCGCAAGCUCAAACGGCAACGAAGCUUUCGAGUCCGCAGUUAGUCGAGCAGGGAGUCCUGGGAACGGCAAUUUCCAGGAUGGCAGCGCCGAGGCGAACCGCAAAAGGGACAAACCCGGAAGAAGGACGGGUCCGCAACUGGCGGACUAUUUGCCACCAAGAGACGAGAAGACGGUUUUCGAUACUCCCAGAGGAUUCUCGGCGAGUCCCGACGAAGUUCCCGAGCAGAGUUCAAAGCCUGGGAAUUAUCCGGAAGAGCUGCCUCGAAAGGAAAGUGCCGCCAACGAGGGAUUUGGGCAGAAAGAAGUGGCGCAAAACGAGGGUGGCUAUGGUGGGCAGGAUCAGGUGCAGCAUCCUGGUCCAUUUGGAGGUCCUGGGCACACCCGAGAUCAGGGUUCACCUCGAAAUCUUGCGUCUUCCAGAUCUUCGUUCCCACCUGGGAAUCAAUAUUUGGGACCCGGUCCCAAUGGUUCUGAUAAAACCCAGACAGGAUCAUCAUCAGUUCCAAGCGUUCCAUCAGCAGCUCCUUCAGGAUUUGGAAAUCGAUACUUGAGUCCCAAGGCUCUCAGGGAGGGUGUUCAUCGAUUUACACUUGCAGGAGGAAACGCUGGUGGGCAGGAUCAGGUGCAGCAUCCGAAUUCAUUUGGAGGUCCUGGACAAACUUCUGAUCUGAGGGGUUUAUCUCGGAACGGUGGAUCUUCCAGAUCUUCGUUUCGACCUGGGAACCAUUAUCUGGGACCGAAUGGAUCUGAUAAAACUCAGGCAGGAUCAUCAUCGGUUCCAUCAACGUCCUCUUCAGGACCUGAAAAUCGAUACUUGAGUCCUGCAGGUCUCGGGGAAGGUGCAAAUGGGUUUGGACCUCAAUCUGGGGUUAAUCCUGGUGGGCAUCCUGAAAAUCAAGGCGAUCAGAGGAUUUUUGAUGAUGGAUUUGGAGGAAAGAAGGAUGAAAGCUCUUCUGGGAGUGAAGAGGAGGAAGGGGUAGGUCGGAAAUCUUUGCCAAAGCCAGGGUCUGAUUACCUAGAGCCCACCUUGGAGGAUGAUAGAGGGUUUGGAACUGGUCAGGAAGGAGUCGGUGAUGGUCACCGUGGUGAAGACGAUUAUUCGCGUUUUCUCAGCGGGUUUAGGCCCCCGGAACCGAGGAAUUAUGUUCCUCCCAGGUUUGAGGGAUCUACUCCUGGUGGAGAUUCAAGGAGACCACCAAGUGCACCUGACAGGACGUAUUUAACUCCAGAGGGAAGGGAGGGUAUCAGACCUGUAGAUUUCCCCAGAAGAUCGGAACACGGAUUUCCUGGCCCCAACAGAGAACUUCCUGGCUCCAAUGCGAUCGCUGGUACCCUGGCUCCUGAUUUGGUCCUGGGACCGACAACCACCUUGAGUCCUGAAAAUUUUGGAAAGUCAGGUAACGACGAUAGACAGGAUUUUAUAUACCCACCUUUGACGGUUCCUGAUCCAGGUUCGCCUCCGACGGAAAGGAACGAUCAGCUGAUCAGACCUGGUCCUGUUACCUCUAGACCUGUCCUAGGUCAAGGCAGGACGAACAUACCUGCGAAAGUGCCUUCCACUUCGAAAUCACCAAUUCAAGUUCCUCGUAUCAACACCUUUUAUAGUACUGCAUCAAGUUUAAAUUCAGGACAGGGUCCCUCACCUGGGGGACGAAGGACUAAUUUUUCAAACAGCCCAUUCAACGAAGGACGAAGAACGGAAGGGAAUCCUCGAAAUUAUCUUCCACCUAAUUCCUCUGGAAGUAGAAGUACUUUUAGGAUGGGACAAUCAAGUGGUACUUUCGGGAGAGACGAAAAUUACCCGAAUUUCAAGUCUAAAGUUGGAAAUCGUCCUAAAGGAUUUUCUGUAAAUGAUUCUGUUAACAAGGGAAAAGGAAGAGGGAGUCCUUUUGGACAUUUAGCACCGGCUUCAGGAGCUGAAAAUACUCGAUCGAGAGGGACCUCUGGGAAUAAUGAAAACUACCCGAAUUUGAAUAUUAAUAAGGUUACCGGAAAUACUAACGAUGCGCAUUCUGUAAAGGAUAAGAAUAGAGUCGGCCAGGAUGAGGUCCUGCGACUUCCUGGAAGUAGAACAAUAGUGACAAACAUAAAUGAUCUGUAUUUUCCGCUUCUGACAUCCGAAGACGAUGGGGCAGGAUCUCGUCAGGGUCCUCUUCAGGUUGUUAAUAGGCCGGCUCAACGGAGGUAUCUCCCAGUAUUGUAAAUAGUUCCUGAAAGGAAUAAUCGACAGCUUUAAUAAUGCCAUAAGCCAGUAUACUCAUAGUAUUUAACAACGAAUGUUAAUAAAAAAAUAU